UCCAUAUAAUGCAGAAACAGAGAGAGUAACCCAAAGCCAAUUUUGUUCUCAUAAUCUGCUGCCAUUACUGACUUCAACAAAUUGUGGAAACUUGCGCAAUUUGUGCUUUCAUCUUCAUUUCUUAGCUUUAAUCACUUUGCUUUCCCUCCCAGUUUUCACCUUACGCUGAAGCAACCACUUAGACUUUUCUCAAUAGCUCCGUGCAACCAAACAAAGCGUUUUCGAUGAUUUCACUACCUAUUUUGAUUAAUUCCGAUGCUGUUCGCUACAAUUUUCAGUUUUGAUCUGUUUUGGGGAAGACGAUAGAUAGGUCUACAGGAAUCAUGUCGAGACCAAUGCUACUUGUCUGUCUGUUGCUGAUACUGAUCAUUACAUCCCAAUUUGAAUGGAGGCAGCAAUUAGUAAGUGACAUGGAUACGAAUCCGGCAGAGUCUCAGAAGCAACACCAGAUCUCAAAAAGGGAGGAAGGUGUCAAGGAGAAGAUAAUCUUGUCACAGGAAAAGAGCAUCCAGAAACUGAACGAGGUUGUCAAGAGUCUCAGGGAACAACUACAGCAAUGCCGGAGCAGUAAUGAAACGACGUGGAAUGCCACUUUCAGCUCCUUAUCCGAAAGCAUGACUGAGCUUGAGCGCCAACAUAGUUUAGAGGACUGAACCCAAUGUCUUCAAUUUACAGAAUGCUUGUGUAAUGUCUGAAUUGUUUUUUGUUUUGUUUUUGGUCCAAACUACUUUGUUGUAAUCAAAUUAAAAUGCACCUCUUGUGGUAUUAUGUGUUAACAAUUAAUUGUAGGAUAGAUUGGGUGAUAAA